GCAGGUGUUUUGCCGCGUUCAUGUAUUAGUCGUAUCCAUGUGAUAGUCGUAUCUAGGAAACUCAUACAUUUCCGACUUACUAUCUGGUAGAACGCGGCACGUGUAUAAUUACAACCACUUAUUAAUUCUGAAAUUUCCGAGUUUCCUAGUUCUGAUAGCACGUGAAUGCGGCAAACGUUGACCUUCACAGUGACGUCACACCAAACUAGCAAAUUACUUCCUUGGAGAUGACGGGCGCGCUCCGUCGUUAGGGACACUGCUGUGCGUAAUACAGGUCAGCAAUUAAUCCAGGACAUUGAAGAAGUUUAGUUGGUAAUAGGUGUUAUCAGCAAUAGUAACAAUGCCUCAAAAUGCAAUAGUUAUCGUGCGCUACGGCCCAUAUGAAUCGUGUGGAAUCGUGGACCACAGAACGUUUCGUCUGAUUGGCCUCCAAGCUGCAUUGAAAGAGGAUGGACAUCAAAGUGUCUUGGAAAAAAUGUCUGAUUGGAACAAGGUGGAACUUGAGGUCAAUGGAGAAUGUGUCUACACAUGCAGCAUAAAACAGCUGGAGUUUGGAGGAGAUGGGAAACUGGACCCCCUAUGCAAGGAGGCCGUCACUGCUGUGCAGAAUGCAUACUGAGAUACACCCACACUCUACCAGGAGAUUGGUCAAGGGGAUGAAUCUAUGCUAAUCUAAUAGUAAAUCUGAAGAGAAACACAGCAACAGACACUUCUUUAUUUUUUUAUGACAAGCAUUACAGUACCAUACAAUAGUAUUCUCCAGCAUUAAGUCAAGUGUUGUUGUAUUUAUUGCUACAUAAUCUCGGGAACCCAGAAUCAAAUCUGGUGUGUAUGCUGGUCAUCUCAACAGUCUGUCACAAGAGACUGCAACAUGCUAAUUGCAACAUGUAGUCAUUAUAGUUUCUUAUGGUUUUUAUUUGAUGGUGAUUGACUGUGCUAUAGUUACUAUAUCAUUGUUGAUAUUGCCUCAGACAAUUUUGUGUCUGGUCCCUGUCUGAAAACAUACAU